AUGAGUCUCCCAGGAGAGAAACCACAUCUGUGCUCUGAAUGUGACAAAAGCUUUACAUAUAAAUCACAUCUUCUCAGACAUCAGAGGCAACACACAGGAGAGAGACCAUUUCCAUGUCCUGAGUGCAGCAAAUGUUUUACCCAAAACUCAUAUCUUGUUUUACAUCAGAGGAGUCACACAGAAGAGAAACCAUUUCAAUGCUCUGAAUGUAGCAAGUGUUUUACCCACAAGCGAAACCUUGUUAUUCAUCAGAUGACUCACACAGGAGAGAAACCAUUUACAUGUUCUGAAUGCAGCAAACGUUUUACCCAAAAGCAAGACCUUGUUAGUCAUCAGAGGACUCACACAGGAGAGAAACCAUUUCAAUGCUCUGAAUGUAGCAAGUGUUUUACCCACAAGCAAGAACUUGUUAGUCAUCAAAGGACUCACACAGGAGAGAAACCAUUUCAAUGCUCUGAAUGUAGCAAGUGUUUUACCCACAAGCGAAACUUUGUUAUUCAUCAGAUGACUCACACAGGAGAGAAACCAUUUACAUGUUCUGAAUGCAGCAAACGUUUUACCCAAAAGCAAGACCUUGUUAGUCAUCAGAGGACUCACACAGGAGAGAAACCAUUUCAAUGCUCUGAAUGUAGCAAGUGUUUUACCCACAAGCAUGAACUUGUUAGUCAUCAAAGGACUCACACAGGAGUGAAACCAUUUCAAUGCUCUGAAUGUAGCAAGUGUUUUACCAGGAAGCAAAACCUUGUUAUUCAUCAGAUGACCCACACAGGAGAGAAACCAUUUACAUGUUCUGAAUGCAGCAAAUGUUUUACCCAAAAGUCACAUCUUGUUAGACAUCAGAAAAUUCACACAAGAGAUAAACUAUUUCAAUGCUCUGAAUGUAGCAAGUGUUUUACCCACAAGCGAGACCUUGUUAGUCAUCAGAGAACUCCCACAGGAGAGAAACCAUUUACAUAUUUUGAAUGCAGCAAGAAUUUUUCCCAGAUGUCACAUCUUGUUUUACAUCAGAGAGCUCACACAGGAGAGAAAUCAUUUACUGUAAAUGUGCUCAAUGCAGCAAGAGUUUUAUAG